CUAUCAUAUACAGGGGGAAAAAAAUGUUCUUUUGGGUGUUAGCCCUCCUAAUCCUUUGUGGUUUUCUAUGGAAUUAUAAAAGACAACUAAAGAUUGCCGAUAUUACUGAUAAGUACGUUUUCAUAACUGGGUGUGACACGGGCUUUGGAAAUUUGGCAGCCAGAACUUUUGAUAAGAAAGGAUUUCAUGUAAUUGCUGCCUGUCUGACUGAAUCAGAAUCAACAGCUUUAAAGGCAGAAACCUCAGAAAGACUUCACACCGUGCUUCUGGAUGUAACUGACCCAGAGAAUGUCAAGAGGACUGCCCAGUGGGUGAAAAAUCAAGUUGGGGAAAAAGGUCUCUGGGGUCUGAUCAACAAUGCCGGCGUUCUCGGCGUGCUGGCUCCCACCGACUGGCUGACAGUGGAGGACUACAGAGAACCUAUUGAAGUGAACUUGUUUGGACUCAUCAGUGUGACUCUAAAUUUGCUUCCCUUGGUUAAAAAAGCUCGAGGAAGGAUCAUCAAUGUCUCCAGCAUUGGAGGUCGCCUUGCAUUUAGUGGAGGGGGCUAUACUCCAUCCAAAUACGCAGUAGAAGGCUUCAAUGACAGCUUAAGACGGGACAUGAAAGCUUUUGGUGUGCAUGUUUCAUGUAUUGAACCAGGAUUAUUCAAAACAGGAUUAUCAGAUCCAAUAAAAGCCACUGAAAAAAAACGCGCCAUUUGGAAGAAUCUAUCUCCAGAUAUCAAACAACAGUACGGAGAAGGUUACAUUGAAAAAAGUCUAGACAAGCUGAAAGGCACAAAUUCCUUUGUGAACGUGGACCUCUCCCUGGUGGUGGAGUGCAUGGACCACGCGCUCACAAGUCUCUUCCCUAAGACCCAUUAUGCUGCUGGAAGGGAUGCCAAGACCUUCUGGAUACCUCUGUCUCACAUGCCAGCAGUUUUGCAAGACUUUUUAUUGUUGAAACAGAAAAUAGAGCUGGCUAAUCCCAAGGCAGUGUGAUUCAGCUGACAACAAAUGCCUGCCCCUAGGCUAUGAGAUUGGCUGCUUUCAAGGACACAUCUCCUUUUUGGUCUCAUUCCUCACCUAAUCCAACCUGGACUCAUUUAGAUCGUGCUUCUUUUGAUAAAUGAGGGGGUCCCACCCACAUUGGGAAUGUCCCAAGGUCCCUUUUUAGGACUUCUUCGAAA